AUGUCAAAAGAAGGAACGUACAAAAAAUUUAAUACUAUCGAUGCAGCGAAACUUGGUAUACAUACCCUUUCUGAAAUCACAGAAUUAUAUAUCCCGAUAGUUACUAAAGAUACUGAAAGUGCAAUAAACAAGAUAUUGAAUUAUAAAGAUGAUUAUGAAGAUGUUAAAAGCAUAUAUGAUAAGUUAACGAAUGAGUUUGAGACGUGCAUGAAGGAUCUGCAUUUCGAGGUGAUGAUAGUUAAUGAAGUACAAAGAAGAAAAGAUAAUAAAAAAGUCAAGGAUGAUUUAGAAAAAAUGAAUAAA